AUGUUUGAACGAUAUUCAAUGAUUAUUUGUUCAGGAUUAAGUGCAAGAUAUCUUGUCAAUGAUCAAAGUGUUAAACCAGUAAGGGGCCAUGUGAUCCGAAUGAAAGCUCCUUGGGUAAAAGGAUUUAUAAGACACGUGGACAACGAUGACAAAGGAAGAUCUAAGCACAUUCUAGUCAACCAAGACACUGUCGUAAUCGGAAGCUUAAAACAACAGGACUGCACCGAGCCAAAACCACAAGAGGGAGAUAAAAAAUGGACAAUGUUAGAAGCAAAGCGAUUUGUACCGAGUCUCGAGUAUGCUGAAUAUGUUGUCCAAUGGGUGGGUUUCCGUCCAUCCAGACCCACUGUUAGAUUGGAAAAAGAAAUUUGA